AUGCACAAACUUCUAAUAUCGCUUGGCAUAUUAAUUGCUCUUGCGAUCCUUCCUUGUACAUCACAUUCAGAUGAUCAUGAUAAAUUUGGCAUUGAUGUCAAGAAGUGCGGUGCAGGUAGUAGUGAAUGUGAUGUCGGGUACAAAUAUGACUCUGAUGAUGGUAAUAAAGAUGGAUAUGGCGCUGAUAGCGGUGCCAGAAAAAGAUAUGAUAACGAUGAUAGUGCAAGAGGCGAUUAUACUAAAGGAAAAUUUGUUAAAACUGAUGGCAGAAGGAAGGAGUGCUUUUCUGCAGAAGCUUGCUACGAUCAGCGUGAACCAGAGGCUUGGUGUAUUUUAAAUGAGAAUCAAUCAUGGAUAGAUAAAGGUUGCUUUUGCGACGCUAAGUUGCAUUCAUGCGUUAUUGAAAGAAAUAACAGUGGCAGGCUGGAAUACUCGUAUUGUACGCCUGAAAAAGGUUGGGAGUGUUCAUACAAUGACAGAAGCACACAAGACGGUGAAGGUGGUAGUGGUGGUGACGAGAGCGUACAUAGCGAUGAAUAUGAUGCUGAAAGAGGAUAUGAUGGUGAUGAUAGUGCAAGAAGUGAUUACAUGAAAAGAGAAUUUAUCAAGACUGAUGGCAAAAAGAAAAAGUGUUUUUCUGCAGAAGCUUGCUAUGAUCAACGUGAACCACAAGCAUGGUGCAUGUUGAAUGUGAAUCAAUCAUGGACAGACAAGGGUUGCUUUUGCGAUGCUAAUUUGCAUUCAUGCGUUAUCGAAAGAAAGAACAAUGGUAGGCUGGAAUACUCGUACUGUGUGCCUGAAGAGGGCUGGAAAUGCUCAUACACUGACAGAAGCGCAAACGUUGCUGAAGAUGAAGAUUCUAUCGCAAGCGGUAAUAUUGUUAAUGGCGGUGACAGGAGCACAUAUAGCGAUGAAAGUAGUGCUAACGACGAAAAUGACGGUGAUGAUGGUGCAGGAACUAGAUAUCAUGUUGUUGGAGAAGAUUAUGUAAAAAGAAAAUUUGUCGAAACUGAUGGCAAAAGAAAGGAGUGCUUUUCUGCAAAAGAUUGCUACGACCAACGUGAACCGGAAGCUUGGUGCAUAUUGCAAAAGAAUCAAUCAUGGACAUACAGAGGUUGCUUUUGCGACUCUAAAUUGCAUUCAUGCGUAAUCGAAAGAAAAAACAGUGGCAGACUGGAAUACUCGUAUUGUGUACCUGAAGAAGGUUGGAAGUGUUCAUACAGUGAUGUCAGUGAUGGUGGCAAAUAUAACGGUAAUAACGGUGCCGGAAGCAGUGAAAGUCGCACCGAAAGCAUAUAUCGCAUUGAAAGUCGUGCUGGGGACAACAUCGCAGCGAAAGUGGUGCCGGAAGCGUAUAUCGUACUGAAAGCCUUGGAAAACAUCGCAGUGAAAGUUUUGCCGCAGAAGCACAUCGCAGUGAAAGUAAUGUUGGAAGCGUAUAUAGCAGUGAAAGUCGUGACAAAAACCAUUAAAAGUCGUGCUGGAGGACAACAUCGGAGCGAAAGUCGUGCCGGAAGCGUAUAUCGUAGUGAAAGUAAUGUUGGAAGCGUAUAUAGCAGUGAAAGUCGUGACGAAAGCGUACAUCGCAUUGAAAGCCGUGCCGGAAGAGAACAUCACAAUAAAACUCGUGGUGGAAGCAUAUUUCACAUUGUAAGCCGUGCCGGAGGAGAACAUCGGAGCGAAAGUCGUGCCGGAAGCGUAUAUCGCAGUGAAAGUCGUGCCGGAAGCGUAUAUCGCAGUGAAAGUCGUGCCGGAAGCGUAUAUCGCAGUGAAAGUCGUGACGAAAGCGUACAUCGCGGUGAAAGCCGUGCCGGAGGAGAACAUCACAAUAAAACUCGUGGUGGAAGCAUAUUUAGCAUUAAAAGUCGUGCUGGAGGACAACAUCGGAGCGAAAGUCGUGCCGGAAGCGUAUAUCGCAGUGAAAGUCGUGCCGGAAGCGUAUAUCGCAGUGAAAGUCGUGACGAAAGCGUACAUCGCGGUGAAAGCCGUGCCGGAGAGAACAUCACAAUAAAACUCGUGGUGGAAGCAUAUUUAGCAUUAAAAGUCGUGCUGGAGGACAAGAUCAGAGCGAAAGUAGUGCCGGAGGCGUAUAUCGCAGUGAAAGUCGUGCGGAAGCGUGUAUCCAUUAAAAGUCGUGCUGGAGGACAAGAUCGGAGCGAAAGUCGUGCCGGAAGCGUAUAUCGCAGUGAAAGUCGUGCCGGAAGCGUAUAUCGCAGUGAAAGUCGUGCCGGAAACGUAUAUCGCAGUGAAAGUCGUGCCGGAAACGUAUAUCGCAGUGAAAGUCGUGACGAAAGCGUACAUCGCGAUGAAAGCCGUGCCGGAGGAGAACAUCACAAUAAAACUCGUGGUGGAAGCAUAUUUAGCAUUAAAAGUCGUGCUGGAGGACAAGAUCGGAGCGAAAGUCGUGCCGGAAGCGUAUAUCGCAGUGAAAGUCGUGCCGGAAGCGUAUAUCGCAGUGAAAGUCGUGCCGGAAACGUAUAUCGCAGUGAAAGUCGUGACGAAAGCGUACAUCGCGGUGAAAGCCGUGCCGGAGGAGAACAUCACAAUAAAACUCGUGGUGGAAGCAUAUUUAGCAUUAAAAGUCGUGCUGGAGGACAACAUCGGAGCGAAAGUCGUGCCGGAAGCGUACAUCGCAGUGAAAGUCGUGACGAAAGCGUACAUCGAAUUGAAAGUCGUGCCGGAAGCGUACAUUGUAGUGAAAGUUUUGCCGCAGGAGCACAUCGUAGUGAAAGUGGUGUUGGAGGCGUAUAUAGCAGUGAAAAUCAUACCGGUAGCAUAUAUCGCAGUGAAAGCCGUGCUGGAUAUACAUAUAACAGUGAUAGUAGUGCCGGCGGAGAAAAUAGCAGUAAAAAUUAUGUAGGAGAAAAAUAUGGCAUUAAAAGCAGUACCGGACGUUAUAGUAGUAAUACAGCGGUAACAGAACAACAUGACAAUGGAUGUGUGGCGGAGAAUGCAAAAAGAGCAGUGCCCUGCAUGAGCAUGACAGUGGUGUAG